CCCCCCCCCCCCCCACGCAGCCGCGUUCCGGGAUGGCGGGCGCGAGCUUCCGCGGGAAGCAUGUCGAGCGCGGCGAAGUGGACCAGCGUGGCCUACACCAAGGCGAUCCAGGCAGAGGGGCGCGGCCGCCACUGGGACCAGGCCCUACGCAGCUUCCAAGACCUGCGGCUCUCGAGCCUGGAAGUAGAUAGCGUUUGCUGCGGCACGCUGCUGCAAGCGUGCGAAGGUCGGGGCUGGAGUCAUGCCAUCUCUCUUUUGUGGCUGCUGCACAGACAAUCCACCCGGCUCUCGCUGAUUUCCGGCAACUUGGCGCUGAGACUACAAGGACACCAUCCAUGGAGCUGGUUGCUGCGACAGCUUGAUUGGAUGAGGACGAUCGCGUUGCCGCCCGACGGGCAUAGCUUCGGUGCUGUGCUGGGCCAAGUUGAUGGAUGGGUGUCCUCCUUGAGUAUCUUGCAGCGUGCUGGAGCGAGCCCGGUUUUGGCCAACACCUUCAUUUCCACAGCACAGGAGAGAGCUGGCGACACAGUGGCCGACUCCUGGCCGACCUGCGGACCCAAAGAUGCGACGACCUGGUCCUCUUCAACGGCGUGCUCAGCAGCCUGGAGCGCUCCUGCCGCUGGCGCCUCGCGGUGUCUGCCCUGGACGCCAGGAAGCGAGGGCCGGAGGCCGUGAGCCGGGUGAGCUUCAACGCCUGCCUGGGCGCGCUCCAGCGCGGCAGCCAGCUGGACCAAGGCCUGCGCUUCUUGGAGCAGUUCCAGCCCGACGUGGUGUCCUUCACGGCGCUCUUGCGCGCCUGCGCGCGCUUGGCGCGGUGGGAGGUGGCACUUUCCCAGUUGGUGGCGAUGGAAAGCAGGAAGCUGAAGCCAGACCUCAUCGCCCGCAACGCGGCGCUCAGCGCCUGCGCAGAGGCGAUGCAGUGGCCCCGGUGCCUCGCGCUGCUGGCGGAGGCGGCGGAUGGGGCGGACGGGGUGAGUUGCAACGCCGUGCUGAAGGCCUUCGAGAAGAGUAUGCAGUGGGAGAGGGCGCUGGAUUUGUACAGCCAUAUGGGGCAGCUGGGGAAAACUCGGAGCCUCGUCACCUGCAACACGGUGCUGAGCACCUGUCAGAAGAGCGGCCAAUGGGAGCGCACCCUUGAUUGCUUCCGGGAGAUGAAGGAGCUUCAGAUCCUGCCGGACCUCAUUUCGCUGAAUGCGGUCCUGGGGGCCGCCAAGCGAGGUGCGGCCUGGCAAUCGAGCUGGCAACUGCUGGAAGAUGCGGGACGGCAGCGCAUCAGGAGGGAUGCCAUCAGUUUGCUCGAAGCCUUCGCCGCCUUUGCUGAGUCGGAGUCGGAGCCGAGUCCGCGCGUCGGAGCCGCCCUCUGCGAGCUGCGGGCGGAAGUCCGCGAUCUCUCGCGGCCGAGCCUCAAGGAGGUGGAGAGGCCCUUGGGUUUGGCCGUCACCGUGUGUGACGCGUUGCUCGCCUACGGCGUGGCCUCGGACGCCCCGAGCGCCGCGUGCCUCGGGCGCUACGUCCUGCGCCCGGUGCUGCGCCGCCUGCGGAAGGAAGCCGCGGAGGGCGAGGACUCGGCCGUGCUGGAGCGGCAGCACAGCCUAGGGGCACAGCUCACGGCACAGGCCCUCAAGGUGCUGGCAGGGGCCGAGUCUUCGGCGUGGCAAAGCACGGCGCGGCUUGCGCCGGCGCGAGCUUUGCAGUCCGCCUCCGCGCGCGGUUCGAGGGCCUCGGAGGUUUCCUCUUCGAGGAUCGUGGCCUGGCUCGCCCACCGCCUGGACUCGGAUUCGCCUCUGGAUCCCUGCCGGGGGCGUCUGGGCGGGGCCAUCGCGGAGACGGAGCCGUCGCAGUGGUUGAGACCGGUGGAAGUGGAGCAUGACAGGUCCAGCCACGCAGAGCGGCAGAGCCUUCUGGCGCUGAUGCGCCUCGAGCAAAGGAAAUCCGACUUUGCGCACUUCAGUGGCGUGGUGCGGCUGUAUGUGACCCAUACGCUUUGCAUUUCCUGCUUAGCUGCUUGCUUUCAGUACAAAGAAUUGCAUCCAAUGGUUCGCUUGUGUGUCUCCUUUUCCGUGCUUUGAGGAU